CUCUCCAUGUGGUGGUGUUUUUCUUCUUUUUUCCUGUCUGCGAAUCGGUCUAGUAUUAGCAAAGCUGAAUCACAUGACGCUGCAGGGGCUCGGAUCGGCGGCGACGACGUCGUCGGACGACUCCGGUAAGAAGAUUCGGAAGCCAUACACGAUUACCAAGUCCAGGGAGAGCUGGACGGAACAAGAGCACGACAAGUUUCUUGAAGCCCUGCAGCUUUAUUAUUCUCGGUCUUUUGGUGUUGAAAUUUUGUGGGCUCCUUGGGAGGAGGAAGUUUUUGAGAAAUUGGGUUUUGGGUUUGGGGGCGUAGAAUAUGAGUUCCCAGGAGGAAGAAAUGCUCUCAGCUCGUUUGAUCGUGACUGGAAGAAAAUUGAAGCAUUUGUCGGCUCAAAAACAGUUAUCCAGAUCCGAAGUCAUGCACAAAAAUACUUUUUGAAGGUUCAAAAGAAUGGCACAAGUGAACAUGUGCCACCUCCUCGACCAAAGCGGAAGGCAGCUCAUCCAUAUCCACAGAAGGCAACUAAAAAUGCACUUCUUCCACCAAAUGUAAAUGUUGCAUUCCGUUCUUCAUCUAGUCAUCCAGAACCUGGAUGUGUUCUUCGGACAGAUUUAUCUCCAAUUCUCAGGAACUCUACAACAACUGCAGCUGUGCAUUCAUGGGCAAACAACACCAUUCCCACAGCCAAUUCAUCACAUACUAGUAAAGAUGAUACAAGAGCAGCAGGGCUGUCAGUACCUAAUAAUUGCAGUUCUAGUACCAAAGACAGCUCUUCAAAGCAUUGGGCAGCAUGCGACGUAGCUGAACAUGGAAAUGUGGGUGCACCACUUCGAGUUGUACCUGACUUUGCUGAAGUAUACAGCUUCCUAGGAAGUGUAUUUGAUCCAAGCACCACUGGUCAUCUGCAGAAGCUUAAAGCGAUGGAUCCUAUUGAUGUUGAAACCAUUUUAUUGUUGAUGGGAAAUCUCAUUAUCAAUUUAUCCAGUCAAGAAUUUGAAGAUUCUGUGCAACUGAAGUGCUUAGUCUAAGUCUGGGUACAUGAUCUUGGCUUUUAGGUUCCUGUUGUCCUAUAGCGGAUCAUUAUUCGAAUGAGCCCUUCGUUGGUACCGUAGAACCAACAGUUCUCAGAAGCAGAGUUUCCAAUGAAAAGGUGAAAUAAAAUUUGGGUUAUUCAUAAUGUAUAUUUAUUUGUGCAUAUAGUUAUACAGCUACCAUCCGUUAGAAUGGUAGCAGUAUGUUUUAGACGUCAACCGUGCCACUUCUGAAUCAUUAGGGAUGAAGUGGAUCUCAUGGAUAGCUACUUUGGGGUCCGAGAAAAUGCAGAAUUCUGUUGUCCAAUCUCGUCUUACGAAUAUGUAUGGGACGUGCAUGAACUGAUACUCUUGUUUUGAAGCUGUGGAAAAAAAUGAUGUAUAUGUGAUGCGGUUUUUCAUUGAAAUGAAGUGCAACUAAAUGAUUUGAUA